CAGCGUCAUCAACAACACCACCAACAGCAACAGAGCACUGGCCCUACCACCAGAACUAGUACCAGCCUCACCAUAACCUUUACCACCAACCGCACUGCCUCGUCCAGACCGCCAAAGCCCAACAACCCUGAUAUGUUUUUAAUCACACUCUUCUCUUCCGAUUUACUCCUCCUGCAGGCUUUGUCCUUAGAAUCACACGAGCCACAGCCACUUGUUGUCGUCUCUUCUGGUCAUCGUCAUUCUCAUGUUACUAAUCCCAUUUGGGAGAACAUAUUCUAUUUUGGGAUUUCUGCAAAUUCUGUGCAAUUUGUGUCAUCCAUUCCCAAUUUUUUCUCUGAAUGCAAGGGUUUACAUAAUAGCUUCAAGAAUAUGCAAUUAGCUUUCCUCCUGUCCUGA